GAUAUAGCUAACUCUCUUUGAAUAUUUUCAAUACUUAAACUUCCUCCAUAUGUUCUCUUCAUACGCUUGAAUCUUCAGUCUUUGCAAAAUUUGAUAAGUUAAAUAUAGAAAGAAAGAAUUAGCGUCUAGUUUCUUAAUAGGCAUAAAAUCAAAUGAUUAAUGGCUAAAUUAGCCGCUUUUCUUCUAAGGCGUCUAAUUUUCUCUCUUCAUUUAUUACUAUAAAUAGAGCUUAUACUAAGAAAACUUUAUAUAGCUAUCCUAAGGAGAUAGUUGCAAGAAAGUGGAGAACCCAGAAUAGUAGAAAGCUAGCAUGGCUCAUUAUUCAGCAAUCGUUGUGUUUUCCUCUCUCCUCCUUGUGGUCCUACAGUCAGCUGAUGGACAACAAACCAAGAAGUGCCCACCAUGGUGUGUUACCAAGCCUGAUGCUUCAAAUGACCGGAUCAAAAUAUCACUGGAUUGGAUCUGUAAAAAUGGAGCGAAUUGUGGCCCAAUAAAUCAAGAUGGACCUUGUUAUGUGCAAGGUGAUCUCAAGGCCAUGGCCUCCUAUGCUUUCAAUGACUAUUUUCAGAAGACUAGAGUGUCUGGUGGACUUUGUGAUUAUGGUGAAGUUGCUACUUUAUCUAAUAUAGAUCCUAGUCAUGGAGCUUGCAAUUUCACAUGUACGCCAUACUAGUGAUGAACAAUCGUUUAGAAGUUCAUUAUGGAUGAAUUUUAUACAAAGUUUGGCCGCAGUAAUGCGAUUGUGCCAAGUUGCACAGUUGGCAGUUA